GAUCAAUAAAUAACAUUUUAGAAUCAGCACUUGGUAAAAAAUUUUACACUAUAGCACAAGAGCUAAUAAAGAUAUCGCAGUCAAUACGACCAAAUGCAGACGAACUUCCAUGCAUUUUCAAAGUUCUAGUUGGUACUUAUAGCAAAAAAAUUAGGUUAAGUCCUUGUAGAAUGAAGGCAUUACAAAUUUGGAGAUACACAGACAGUCCAGCAGCAGUUAAGUGA